AUUUAUCUAUAAAACACGUCAUAAUUGAUAAUACGUCACAGAAGUAAUUUAUGGAAGCAUGGGCACUAGCUGACUCUGUCAUCGUGAUCACAGAAAACAAUCCACCAAUAGUUUGCGAUUGCCCAAASAUGCUUGCCGCAUUGACUGCCGCUGCUUGUGGCGUAUAUUUAACAAAGGAGGCUUUYGAAAUAUGGCGGGAAAGUAAAAAAGAAUCUAAAGAAUGGCUACGAAGACAUGGAUACAUGCGCCAUCAAGCAUAUGACAAUUACCCUGAUUUAAGUGUUCACAACAGUGCGAUGGCUACUCAUCUAACACCAGAGGUCUAUGAAGUCCUCAAACAUAGGAGAACCGAAGGAAAAUUCACGCUUGAGAGGGCUAUUCAGGUAGGYGUGGACUGUCCAGGAAAACCUUGGGAACGACUUUCUGGUGUCAUCGCCGGAGACAAAGAAACUUAUGAAAUCUUCAGUCUUCUUUUUGAUAAAGUAAUUGAGGAUCUUCAUGGUUUUGGUAUAAGUGAUAUUCAUAGGAAAGAAAUCAGCACACAAGSAAUUGAAUCUGGUGAUUUUGAUGGCAAAUACGUGAAGGCAACUCGUUUGACUGUUCUAMGAUCGCUCAAUGGCUACAGAUUUCCUGCAGCAAGCUCGAGACAGGAAAGACGAGGAGUAGAACACGCUCUUAGAUUGGCACUGUGUAGAUUAAAAGGUGAAUACAAAGGAGAGUAUUUCUCACUUUGUGACCUUACAGACACAUACAAGAAAAGAUUAUCGGCUAGAAUGCUUCUUCCUGACCCCACCCUACCCCUCAUCGCAUGUUCUGGUCGUGCACGUGACUGGCCUGACGCACGUGGUAUAUUUGUCAGUAGCGACAAAUCCUUCAUGGUUCUUGUGAACGAGGUCGAUCACCUCAAGGUGGUUUGUCUAUCAAAAGAAGCUCAUCUCAUUGCUGCGUUUAAAAAGUUAUAUCGUGGACUGGCUUUACUUGAGAAUGAGCUCAAAAGAAAUGGCGAGGAAUUUGUAUGGAAYGAUCACCUUGGUUAUGUCGUGUCUGAUCCAGUCAACUUAGGAACGGGUUUAGAUAUUCGAGUACGGGUAAAGCUACGGCGUUUAUGCGUGGAUAACCGUCUUCAUUUUAUUUUAUCUAACUUAAACUUAAGACGAUGUAGAAAAGGAAUCCAAUCUGUCAAUAUCCCAAAAGGAGAGUUUUAUGUAUACACAGAAAAGACAUUGGGCGUAACAGAGGCUCAGAUGCUCAAGAUACUCAUCAAAGGUGUUCGCAAGCUCAUCCAAUUGGAGAUGGUAUUGGAAAAAGGAGAGGAAAUUGACGAAAUGCUGCCCAAAAAAGGAUAUGGACAAAAACAGCUCGACUGCAGUGCGGCAGAUAUUGUUACAAGAUAGUUUAUUAACAAAAAUCAAUGCUGGAUGAUAUGUCUUGUUACUUUCGAUUAGAUGUAAAAUGUUAUAUAUUCUUUCCUUUAUAGCAUUAAUCAGUAAAACAGCUGAAAUUAUUUUUCUUGCGCCACUUGCUUGUGAAGCAAUUUUUGAUCAUUUUUGGAUCUCACUUUUUGAAAAGACAUGUUUUGCUUUUGUUCAGAAGAAAAUUUUAAUAAUGAAUCCUUCUCAGUUACUAGUGUGAACAAAAAAAUCUCCCGUAGGGUAUUAAAGACCUGUUUAUAUCGAGAUAGUAUCAUACACCGCGGCAGAAAAAGAUACUAUUGAACACCGUUUAGAUUGYAAUUAUAACCGAACAUAAUGUGAAAUAGUUUUAAAACACAAUUGGUUAAUGAGGAUAGCACAACUUAUAAAGCAAGUAUCGGUAAAAAUAAACUCUAUCAGAAAAAAAAAAA